UAAUUGAAAUCAACCCUAAGCUCCUUGUUUCUCCGCUCUAAAGGUAGCCCCGAUUAUUACUGACUUAAGCAUCGGAGUGUCUACCCCGAGGAUCCACCUCGGGGCUUUGCAGGUCAAUCCAGAGUGCAGAUACGGACUGAAGAAGGACUUCUGGUUUGGUGCAGUUACAUUUUGGCGCCGCCUGUGGGAAACUGAACUAAAGGCUCCCUUGUUGCUCUUAUCAUGGUUAAAACUAGGUCAGCCAAAGGUGGAAACUCGUCUCAGCCUUUGGGACGAGGUCAGGUCCCCAACAACCUUCCACCUCAUCCCCCACCCCCAAUCCCGAAUACAUUCCCUCAUGUUGACCAUACAGAAGGAGGGGAUGAAAAUCAGCCACACAAUUUGGCUCGCAACUCAACCUCCACCGCUAACCAAGACGUAGUUGCAACUCAGCUUGCUGCCAUGCAACAACAGUUUGGUGUCUUUCAGCUAGUGCUGGCUCAGCUGUUAGCCCGGAACAAUCCUGGUGAUCCACUCAUUAACCUACUUAAUCCUGCCCCACCACGACCCUCUGCCCCACCACAAAAUCCUGAACCAGUUCAACAUGCUCCCGCUCGAGGUGCCCCACCUCCACACCUUGCUGCUGACUCUGUACCCCACCCUCUCAACACCAAUAUUAUACUGGAACCCUAUCCCGCUGGCUUCAGAAUAUCACAGCUUGAAACUUAUGAUGGGACGAAGGACCGCGAUGAUCAUCUACAUGCUUUCUACUCUUGCAUGCAAGCCCAGAAUGCCUUUGAUGCGUUGAUGUGCAAAAUCUUUCCCUCUACCCUCCGAGGUAAUGCUCGAACCUGGUACUACAGUCUGCCUCCGAGGUCAAUCAACUCUUACACAGAAAUGGCAUCUGCUUUUGCCACAAAGUUUUCUAGUCGAAGGUUGAUCAGGAAAACCACUUCUGAGCUGAUGCGAGUUAAGCAGAGGGACGGAGAGUCUUUGAAGAAUUAUAUGAGCAGAUUCAAUGAUGCAGUGCUGGAGGUUAAUUCUUUCGACCAAGCUGUGGGAAUUAUAGCUGUGAUCUCAGGUCUUAGCCAUGAGAGAUUUCGAGAUAGUCUACUCAAACAUCCCGCCAACACCUUCAGCGAGGUAAAUGAUAGAUCGUUGAAAUUCAUAACUGCUGAGGAAUAUGCCCUGUCGCAGAACAUAACUCCUAUUAAGAACCAACACCCAGACUGGAGAGAUGAGAAUCCAAACAGGAAACGGAUGAAGGCAACACAGAACCGAGGUCCGAUGUCGACUUCCACCCUGAGAUUCGGGAGGACGAACUCAGCACCUCCGCAACAACCUGCAGGUAAACCUCCAAUUAAUUAUACUCCUUUUAAUUUACCCAGGUCACAAAUCUUUAUGCAGAUCAAGAAUAAGAUGGACUUAAGACGUCCGGGUCCAAUGAGAACUACUGCUGCUACCAGAGACCAUACUAGGUACUGUGAUUUUCAUCAAGAUCACGGUCAUACAACAGAGCAAUGCAAUAGUUUGAGGUCCGAGCUGGAAAGUCUGGCGCAGAAAGGAAUGUUGAAUGAGUACAUCCAGAGAGUGGAACAGCCAAGAGUCAUACACAUGAUUACGGGAGGUCUGGAAGCCGGUGGACUGAGCUCUAAGCAGCGAAAGUUGUAUGUCAAAGAGCGUGUCCUUGUUGACACAGGGAUUGCACCAGACAUCAUGUACUUCCAUUGUUUUGAGAGUCUUGGGUUAGAUCCAGCUCUGUUGCAGCGGUAUGAUGGUCCCAUCUACGGGUUCAACAACCAACCAGUUCCAGUUGAAGGAGUCCUCACCAUGAAUGUUGCAUUUGGAAGUGGCCGAAGUUAUGUGACCCCUUCCGUGAGGUUUUUAGUAGUCAAGAUGGCGUCCUCUUUCAACCCUGUCAUCGGCCGACCUACACUGACUGCAAUCCGAGCUGUGACGCCUGAGGUCAAUCCCAAACGGAUUCCUGACAAUCGGCAAGUUAUGGGUGUGGAGAUAGUAGAUAACCGACCAGAAGAUGAAACCAGAACUGCUACAGCCGAAGAUGUGGAAGAGGUACAGAUUGAUGACAGAGAUCCGAGCUGGAAAACGCAAAUUGGGACUAAAUUGAAUCCGGAGGAAAGAGCAGAGCUAAUAGCUUUUCUUCGGGCCAAUAAAGAUGUUUUUGCAUGGACUUCAGCAGAUAUGCCGGGAAUUCCCACUUCACUAGCAUUGGAAUUAAAACUCAGUGCGAUCCAAGUAUACAUUGACUCCCAGCUAGUGGUGAACCAAAUUAACUCAAUCUACGAAGUUGUUGAUCCUGUGAUGGUGAAAUAUGUAGCUCUGGUGGCCGAGCUGAAGUACAAAUUCCAGAAAUACUGUCUAAGCAAAAUCCCCCGAACUGAGAAUAAACAAGUAGAUUCACUCUCUAAAUUCGCCUCUGAUAGUUCUUCACGUUCCAGAUCGGUUUUUGUGGAGGUCUUAAAUGAACCAAGCUUCAUGAAGCCACGGGUAAUGGAGAUCAGCACCGACCCAGGCACACCAAGCUGGACUGACCCAAUCCUCUCCUUCUUACGAGACGGGAUAGUACCUGCGGACAGGCAGGAGGCAAUGAAGUUGAGGAGGAAAGCAUCUCGGGAGGUGCAUGAAGGUGUCUGCGGAAGUCACGUGGGUGCUCGAACUUUAGCUCACAAGGUCCUUAGACAGGGUUAUUAUCGGCCCAACAUGUACAAGAAUGCCACUCAGUUCGUACAGAGAUGUCAGAAAUGUCAGUUCUUUGCACAUCUAAUCCACCAGCCUGCAGAAGAGCUCACUACGUUGGUGGCACCUUGGCCAUUCACUCAAUGGGGUCUUGACCUUCUAGGCCCAUUUGUGAAAGGGGUAGGAGGUGUAACCCACCUCAUUGUUGGUGUAGAUUAUUUCACAAAAUGGGUUAAAGCUCGGGCAUUAUCCAGUCUCAACUCCAAGAAGGUCGAAGACUUUGUUUUCAGCUCGAUUAUUUGCGGAUAUGGGAUCCCGAAUCAGAUUGUAGCUGAUAAUGGAACUCAGUUCAAUUGCUCCUCAUUCCGAGAUUUCUGUUCCAGUUACGGGAUUAAACUGCAGUUCACCUCGGUUUACCAUCCGGAGUCCAACGGCAUGGUCGAAUCUGUUAACAAGUGCAUCUUAGAAGGUAUAAUGCCAAGGCUGGAACAACACAAGGCCAAAUGGGCAGACGAGCUCAACAACGUCCUCUGGCCAUACAGAACUACGAGUCAAACUGCCACAGGUGAAACACCCUAUCAUCUGGCCUUUGGUACCGAAGCAGUCAUACCUAUCAAGAUAGGAGUCCCAAGCUUCAGGGUCACCCAUUUCAAUGAAGGGCAGAAUGGACAACUGCUUCGGGAGAACCUUGAUAUGCUUGACAAAGUCAGAGAAGAAGCACGACUUCGAACUCUAGUCUACAAGCAGAAGGUAGCAAACUUUUACAACAAACGAGUUCGACCCCGACCAUUCAAAGUAGGCGACCUUGUUCUCAGGAAAGCUGGUAUAACGGGGUUCGAAACUCGAUUUGGAAAGUUAGCACCAAACUGGGAAGGCCCCUACACCGUAGCCGAAGUGCCACACCCAGGUGCUUAUAUCCUACAAGACACUAAGGAAAAAAGGGUUCCUAGAGUCUGGAAUGCCAAUAACUUGAAGAAAUUUUACCCUUAAUACACUUAUUUCCAGUCAACUUUGUUUUAACCACCAUUAUUCUGAUUGUUGUAUAUCAAAACUCAAUUCAUAUGAAUUUCACUUCACAUUCGAAGCAAUUCAGUUCUUUCUACCCUUCUGAACAUUAGAAGUUAAUUCCUUAUGGCUUAUUUAAUCCUUUCAUUUUCUGGGAUGCAAUUUUUUCAAUUA